UGAAGAGAUUUGUGAUCGUGGUGGGCCUGGUGAAGCUAGUGCUCGAGAGAUUUGACAAGUCCAGGUGGUGGGGAUGAUGUAGCUGGUGAUUUGGGUACAAGGGGAAUUGGGGUUUCUGUUGGUGAAGCAUCAUCAAAUGACAGAUUGGAGACGGAGGUUGAAGGGCCUGUUGCGGAGGAGAGCGUGGAGAAAAAUAAGGAGGUGGUUGGAGGUGAGGCUGAGGGUGAUGUAGCUGAUGAAAAACCUUCAAGAAAAGUUGAUUCUGUGAAUCAUGAGGUUCAAAAUUUGGGAAUUGGAACUGGGGUUGAAGAGUUUAAGGCAAUUAUGAGUUUAACAGGUGGAGAAACCCAAAUCCCUCACAUGGAGGAGACAGUGGCGGGUGCUGGGGAAGAGGACCUGGAGAGAGGACUUCUUGGGGAUAAUGUUGAGAGAGGUAGUGGAAUGGUUGGUACUGCAGGAAGUGAAGCACAGGGCAAAGGAGCCGAAAACGGGGUAGAAUCUUCUGCAGUGGUGUCUGGUACUUUGGAGAGAGAAACACAAGUUGUGGUGGAAGUUGUUACAGAGAAUAAAAAUUAUUUAGGAAAAGAAUUGGAUAAGAAUGCUAGGCAAGAUAGUGAAUCGAACGGUGCUAGAGAUGAUGCACAUCAAGUUGUGGAGACGCAGAGAUUGGGGGUUUUGGAUGAUGAAAUAUGGAAUCCUGGUAUUGAAACUGCAGAUGCAGGUUUUGCUGCAAUCUUGGAAGAGUCCAGUGCACCUGCCCAGGUUGUUGAGGAGGAUGCAGUGGUGGUUAGUGAAGAGGCUUUGGAUUCCCAAAAAAAUACUACUAGUAGCCCGGCUGUAGAGGGUAUUUCUUCUAGUUCAGAAGAAAAACAAAUUCCAAUGGCCGAGACAGAUGAUGGAGGAACUGGAAAAGAUGCUAUUGUUAAUGCUAACCCUAAUUCCCUGGAUGAACAAGUUCCAGUUGCUGUUAGGGGGGAAGUUUCAGCGACGGAUCAAGGGGAAUAUAUGUGUACCACCAUGGAAGGUAUGGAUACUGAUACUUUCGAUGAAAAUUUAAGUUUUUCACUGGAAGAACUGCAGGGACAUGUGGAGAAAGCCGAUGGAAGCACUGAAAAUCACUGCAAUGUUUGUGCAGAUUCAACAUCCUCUUUUCAGCCAACCCAGGUGGUUGGAGGUGAAGACGUGGCAAUGGCCAGAAAGGUGCAUCCUAAUUUUGAGGAAGCCCAACAGUUGAAGCUGGAAGAGAAUUUAGAUCAGGGAACUGCUCUUGUUGGUUCAAAUAUAGAACAAAUGAAUGGAAUUGAAAAACAAGUUGGUAAUGCUAAAUUGGAUGGGAUGUUAUCUUGCUCUGGAAAUAUUCAGAACAAUAAGGAUGAGACACUGUGCACGGGCAGUGAAUUAGAUACCCAAGUCUCUGGCAGAGAGAACAAAAUUUCUUCCAUGGACAAUAAGGAGGCUUUAAAUGAUGCCAAACCAGAUAAUUCAGAUGGAAGGAAAGAGAUAUUAAUUCAAAAACAUCUGACAGAGGUUGUGACGGAUGGUGGUAGCGCUGAAAAUCAAAGAAAUGCAUGUUUGGAUUCAACAUCUACAGUACAAACAGCACUUGAGGUUGUUAGUGGUGAGGCUAUGACUGUGGAUGACAGUCCAAAAUAUGCGAAUGUGGAAGUUCCACGUCUGCGCUCUUCUGAUGUUGAUGCUACUCUAUCCUGCUCAGGAAAUGAGCAGAGCUUUAAUGCCGAGGUAGUUUGUGGAAGUACAGAAAUGGAUAUCCAAGUCAUGAAUGGGGGUGAAGUUGCUCCAAAGGACAGUAAACAAGUUCUGGAUUCCAAUGUUGGAGGUCUGGAGCCCGCUGAUUUUUAUGAAGUUGAUUCAACUGCAGGGCAAGAAAUGCAAGUUGAAGAACAAGUUAUUGAUGCCGAGCAGGUUGAUUUGCAUGGAGCAGAGGAAAUGGAAGUUGAAGAACCAGAUAGUGAACAGGGUGCUAUACAUGGAGCAGAGGAGAAAUUUGUUAAACGGACAACUGUGAAGGCUGGAAACUUAGUGAAAUCCCAUCAAGCUAGUUAUCAGUUGUCCCUAGAGGAUAAAGGAGAGUUUGAUGUGUUUGAUUUGGUCUGGGGUAAAGUGAGGAGCCAUCCAUGGUGGCCUGGACAGAUUUUUGAUCCUUCUGAUGCAUCUGAGAAGGCGAUGAAGUAUUAUAAGAAGGACUGUUUUCUGGUAGCAUAUUUUGGGGAUCGAACAUUUGCUUGGGUUGAUGCAUCUCAGCUAAAGCCCUUCUAUUCACAUUUCUCCCAGGUAGAGAAGCAGAGCAAUGCAGAAGUAUUUCAGAAUGCUGUCAAUUGUACUCUAGAAGAAGUCUCCAGACGUGUGGAGUUGGAGCUAGCUUGCUCUUGCAUACCAAAGGAUGCUUAUGAUGAUAUCAGAUUGCAAAUUGUUGAGAAUGCUGGAAUCCGACAAGAGUCGAGUGUGAGAGAUGGGGUAAAUGAAUUUGCUGGUGUUCAAUCUUUUCAACCUGAUAAAUUAGUUGAAUAUAUGACAGCAUUAGCACAGUCUCCAUCUUCUGGGGCUGACCGACUUGAGCUUGUGGUAUCUAAGGCUCAGUUGUUGUCCUUCUAUCGUUUAAAGGGGUAUUAUCAGCUACCUGAAUUCCAAUUUUGUGGAGGUUUGGUAGAAAACGGUGUGGAUGCUUUUCACUUUGAGGACAAGAUGGAUGCAACUACUUUUAGUAAGGAUGAUGAGCUUAUUCACUCUGGCCAGGAGAUUUCUGGAACUCAAAGAAGCUCAUAUCAUAAGCGUAAACACAAUUUGAAGGAUAGCAUAUACCCUAGAAAGGAGAGAAGCUUGUCUGAGUUGAUGAGUGGUUCAUUUGAUUCUCUAGAUGACGAUGAAUUCGGUACUAGCAAGGUGGUUUCACCAUCUUCUGGAAAGAGGCGGAAGGUGGUUGAUUCUACUGGUGAUGACUCAUUGCAAGAUGUGAGAAAAACUAUUUCCCUUGCAAAAGUAUCUGCCACCCAAUCUCACGUUCCUAAACCAUCCUUCAAAAUAGGUGAAUGCAUACGUAGAGUUGCUAGCCAAAUGACCGGGUCUCCAUCUAUCCUGAAGAGUAAUAGUGAGAGGUUGCAGAAAUUUGAUGGAGAUGGAGCGGAUGUUUCAUUUGAGAAUUUUGAGGAUGCAGAAGGAAAGAAAAGGAUUCUUCCUGCAGAUUAUUCGUCACUAGAUGAUUUGCUAUCUCAACUUCAUUUGGCAGCACGAGAUCCCAUGAAAGGAUACAGUUUUCUGAAUACUAUUACUGGUUUCUUCUCUGAUUUCAGGAAUUCAAUAAUUUUAAGCCGGCCUGUGGAUAAAGCAGGUGGUAAAAGGAAAAAAUCUUCUCACUCGAUUAUUGGGUCUCCAGAAACUUUUGAAUUUGAGGAUAUGAGUGACACUUAUUGGACAGACAGGGUAAUCCAAAAUGGUGCUGAAGAGCAACCAUCAAGUAGAAAUGGCAGAGGAUAUCAAAUUGUUCCUGUUGAACUGGGGAAACCUGCUCAAAAGAGUCGUAGAUUAUCUUCUAGGAAGCAACAUUCUGUUGCCAAUCAGGAUCUGGCCCCUCCAAAACCGCCUGGCUAUGUCGAUGAGAAUUCACCUGCAGAACUUAUAUUGAACUUCCCUGAGGUAGACUGCAUUCCUUCAGAGACAAACCUGAAUAAGAUAUUUAGGCGCUUUGGACCAUUGAAGGAAUCUGAGACAGAAAUUGAUGAGGAAACUAGCCGUGCCAGAGUGGUUUUUAGGAAAUGUUCUGAUGCAGAAGUUGCUUCCAGUAGUGCUGCCAAGUUUAAUAUCUUUGGAUCAAUGGUUGUAAAUUAUCAGAUCAGCUAUAUUGUAUCUGUACCAUUUAAAACUUCACCCAUUGUCACAACCUUAGGUGAGGAAUAUGCAACGUGAUGUCCAAACGUGCAAUUUGAGUUUUGAUGUGAACUUCAGGAAAGAGCCGACCCUAAAGGAUAUAGGCGGAAACAGUGCUGAUGAUAACAAUGCUAAAUGGCAUAUGCUGAUUAAACUGGCCGCUAGAGAAGGUAACCAGACUCUUAGUUCAUCUAGUUAUCCGCUAUUUCUACGCUCGGGAUUUGUCUUUUGUUGAGUUAAACUCAGAUUCCUGAUGUUAUGUCGUUAGAAAUCGGUCAGUGUAAUAUAUUAACUAUGCUGUUCUUGAGGAUUAAAGAUUCCAUUGCAAAUCAUAUUGCAUAUCUAUCAUUUUCUGCUUGA